UUCAUUGGUAUUGCUAACGCUAUUUGUCAAUGUGAUUUUUUGACUGAAUUGUGAUUUGUGAAGUUUGAACAAUUGUAAAUUAGGCAUGAAUCAGAAAAAUAAAUUAAGGAACGAGUUAUUAAUGCUUCGAGUUUUCUUUUAAGACAAAGAUAAAGAAAUAAAUAAAAAGCGCAGAGAUAUAUGUUAUAAAUAAAUUAAUUUCGAUAAAUAGAUAUGUACCAGUUAUGGCAGACGAAAAUAAAAAAGUGCAUCUAAGUAUACCUUUCCCUACUUCUGGUGAAGCAGAAUUAGCAUAUGAAGUAUUGAAUGUAGAUAAGGAAUUAAAAGGUGUUGAACGAGCUAUUUCUACAGAUAAAACCAAUCUCAUUGUUUGUUUUGAAAGCAGCGACUUUAAAAAAUUACGGGUAACAGUGAACGGUUUUCUCCAAAAUUUAAUAUUAGUGACAAAAACAAUGUGUAUGUUUAAUAGUAAUUAAUUAACACACAAGAUGCCAGAACAUACACCAGCACCAACACCUGCAAGAUCACUAUAUGGUUUUUUUAUGUAUUUGUUUAGUAAGACAUUAUUAACAGUUUAUUGUUUAUGGGCGAUAAUUCCUGAUCAAUACCUGUAUUAUUUAAAUAUUUACUACUUCCCGCAAAAGUAUUGGUCAACAGCAGUUCCAAUACAAUGCCUUGUAGCAUUGACAUUGUUUGCUUUCAUAAUUUAUCCUAGUGCUAAUUUAAUGUUAACUUGCCCAAUUGAUAGUAAAAGCACUAUUUGUGAUAAGUUUAGUAAUACACAUUGGGUCAAUAAUAAAAACCGUGAGUGCAAACCAUCCUUUUGUAUAUGUACUGAUGAAAAAAAAUGUAAGAAAAAUCAUUACUCUGCUUCCCCUCAAGAGUUUGAGGAAAAUACUGUACGUCAAUUGCAUGAUAUAGAUAUGAGAUAUGUCUGUAAGAAAUUGUAUCUAUUUGAAAUAAAAUAAAAAUUUGUAAUAA